AUGGCAUCGAGUAUUCUGUUAGCAAUUCUAACUGUGCUAGUUGCUUUAACCAAUGCAGCAAGACUGCCUCCAACAUCAGACCAGACAGCUUUGAUGGCUCGGUACAUUGUCAACGAAGCUGAAUGGGCUUCCAUUGCAACUGUGAGUGUACGAAAUAACUCGAAGGACUAUCCAUUUGUUACUCUGAUUUCUGCAAGCGACGGUGCUGUGGGACAAGGUACUGGUGUUAUAUAUAUGCUUAUGUCUCCAUACAGUUUCGCCGGACAAGAUCUCGAAAAAAAUUCUCGGGUUACCAUGAUGAUGUCUUUGGCACAGGGUAGUUUUUGUAAAGAUAGGGGCUACGAUCCGAUGGAUCCUCGUUGUGCUCGAGUCAUUUUCACAGGAACCGUUAAGAAGAUAAAACAUACAGACGCAGAAUACGAAACGGCGAAGUCAGCAUUGUUCACGCGUCACGUAGCGCUUUCUCACACGCCGAAACGCUUUGAUUACUACUUCGCCAAGCUGGAAAUCGAGACUAUUGUUGUAUAUACCCAAUUCGGUUACCCACAAUCCAUUGAUGCCAAGGAGUAUUAUUAUAUUGAUAAAAAUAAUAUCAAUCCUUAUGCUCGUCGUUACAAAUGA